UCUCCUGUAUCUCCAGAGUUCUUGCCCUCUCUCCUUCAAUUGCCGCUCGUCUUUCCUCUUUCUCUUCACAAAGUCGGUACCAGCCGGAUCGGACAGAGAAGUGUUCCUGCCUCCCAUCGGCGACGAUUAGGGAAACGUUCACCUUCGAGGAGAGCGAAAGAAGGCGAUCGAGUAUUGGUACUGCUAGGAGGAAGAAGUACCACUGUCAGUCCCUUCAACGUUUUGCACCGAUAAUUGAUGGAUAGGGUAGAUGUCGCAGCAAAUUUCUUUUGAUCUGAGUUUGGAUAGACAGAAUUGCCGGGGUAUUUGGUGAGAGCUAGACGAGAUAGUUGAAGAGGAGUUCGGGCUGUAAGAAGAAGAAUGGCGAUAGAAGACGCUCCGUUGGACGACAAAGCGAAAAGAAUGAGAGAUCUGUUGUCGAGCUUCUACGCUCCGGAUCCUUCAGUGGCUGGGGGCAGUCUGCCGAAAGGUGCUUCCCUGGACGCCAUCAACACGGAUUCGUUUGAUGCGGACCAGUACAUGAAUCUCCUGGUGCAAAGGGCUAACUUAGAAGGGCUUCUGCAAAAGCAUGUCGAAAUGGCUGCUGAAAUUAAGAACCUAGACACUGAUUUGCAAAUGUUAGUCUACGAGAAUUACAACAAGUUUAUCAGUGCCACUGAUGCAAUCAAGAGGAUGAAGAGCAACAUUGUGGGGAUGGAAGCAAACAUGGAGCAGCUCCUUGACAAGAUCAUGUCAGUGCAAUCUAGAAGUGAUGGAGUGAACAAUUCUCUUUUCGGAAAGAGAGAGCAUAUAGAGAAAUUGCACCGCACUCGUAAUCUUCUCCGUAAAGUCCAGGUAUUCAAUGUUAUUCCACAUUCAAGGAAGUUAUUACUAUUUGAAGAGUUGUUCUUCUGUGGAAAAGAGCAGUUCAUAUAUGAUCUACCUGCUAGGCUUGGGAAGUGUAUUAAAGCAGAGGCAUAUGCUGAUGCAGUCAGGUUCUACACUGGAGCAAUGCCAAUAUUUAAGGCAUAUGGGGAAUCUUCUUUCCAGGACUGUAAGAGAGCAUCCGAAGAAGCUGUUAUGACUAUUACCAAAAACUUACAGGGAAAGCUAUUCUCAGAUUCUGAAUCCAUACAGACGAGGGCUGAAGCAGCAGUUCUAUUGAAACAGUUGGAUUUUCCGGUGGAUGGUUUGAAGGUGAGACUAUUUGAAAAGCUGGAACAAUCUCUGGGGGGUCUUCAGGUUAAGAUUGGGGACGUAGCUGAUGCAUUGGAAGAGUCCAAUGAUGAACAAGAGAAUGAUCUGCAGCUGGGUUUUGCUGUAGCACAUGAUGCUUCUGUUCACGAGUUUGUGGAGACUGUUCGAGCAUAUCGCGUUAUAUUUCCUGACUCAGAAUCUCAACUGAUUAAACUUUCUGAGGACUUGAUUACCAAGCACUUUCUAAUAACUGAGCAACACAUGAAGAAAAGAGUUUCAACUGCAACUUUUCUACGUGUUCUUCGAAUUAUAUGGGACGAUGUCCUUCUGAUUGAUCAUGUACUGCCUGAGGCUUUGCUGCAUGACUACUGUUUUAAGGUAUCCCAAAGUGCUAUCAAACAGUAUGUUUCAAGCAUGUUUUCUCAUCUUCUCGACGAUGUCUCAGGUGCUAUGAUGAAAGUCCAUCCCCAACAAAACAAUGUGGCAGAAGAGCAGUUGCAGGUUGCUUUGGAAGCUGGGAAAAAUUCAUUACUCAAGGGAAGCAUGGACCUUUUACUGGGCUUCCGUCAACUUCUAGAGGACAACUUAGAUCUGCUAGUCAAACUAAGGGAGCUGAUAACUGAUUGGGUUCAAGCAGGGUUCCAACAGUUCUUUGAGGCAUUGGAUACUCGGUUUCUUUUGCUUUCGGGAAGAAUUAAGUCAAGUCCUCAAGAUCAAAGUCUGAGUGAGGGGUUGCAGUCUGAAAAAAUUUCUUCCGGUCUUGUCCUGGUUUUGGCUCAGCUCUGUGUUUUUGUCGAACAAACUGCAAUCCCAAGAAUUACUGAGGCAAGAACCGAAAUUGCUGCUUCUUUCUCUAGUAGUGGAGCUCGGGGGUAUGAACAUGGACUUGUCUUUCAUCCCACUGAAAUAAGUCGAGUGUUUCAAUCAGCCAGCGAGAAGUUUCUGCACCAGUAUAUAAAUAUGAGGACACAUAGAAUAUCAGUGCUUUUAAGGAAAAGGUUCACAACUCCAAACUGGAUCAAGCACAAGGAGCCACGAGAAGUUCACAUGUUCGUUGAUCUAUUCCUGCAAGAGUUGGAAGCAGUAGGGAGUGAGGUUAAGCAGAUUCUAUCUCAAGGAGUAAGGAAGCAUCGUCGAUCUGAGAGCAACGGAAGUACUACUUCCUCUCUAAGUAAUUCAUUACGAGACGAUAAACUGCGACGUUCAAAUACACAACGAGCCAGGAGCCAGCUUUUGGAAACCCACCUAGCAAAAUUGUUUAAGCAGAAAGUUGAAAUCUUCACGAAAGUCGAGUUUACACGGGAGUCAGUUGUGACUACCAUUAUAAAACUGGGUCUCAAGAGCUUGCAAGAAUUCGUUCGCCUCCAGACUCUAAACCGGAGUGGAUUUCAGCAAAUUCAGUUGGACAUCCAGUUCCUAAGGACUCCUCUAAAGGAGCUAGCUGAAGACGAAGCUGCCAUUGACUUCUUGCUUGAUGAGGUAAUCGUUGGUGCUUCAGAUCGUUGCCUUGACCCUACUCCAUUGGAGCCACCGAUCCUGGACAAACUGAUACAUGCAAAGACGGCCGAAACCAAGGAGCAAAAUUCCAGUGUAGCUUCACCAACAAGCCAAUAACCAUUGUGAUCAACCAGUAUUAGGAAUUCAUUCUGCCUGCCUGUAGCUUGGUGGUGCUUAUGACUGAGACUUUUUUUCUUGGGGUCGCUACAGCCAGAAAGUUUUCCCUCUUAAAUCCUAUCAACCUUGUAAGAAAGUUUAUUGUAUUUAAGGAUAGUUGUACUUUAUUUUUCUUCCUGUUAUCGUGAAUCUCCUGGACUAUGUUGUGUGUCAUCUUGCUAUUUGAAGGAUUUAACAAUUGUGUGGUCUUCAAGGCUCAAGGGCAAGGCUGCAAUAACGAGUUUUUGCAAGCAAGGCAAACAAACUCAUGAUCAGUGAUCAAUUGAUCUCGAGUUCCGAGCAUUGCAUCACUUGUUCGUGCUAGUAGCUUCAGUUUGGUAUCUACUCUCUAGUUCGAUUCGAGCACGGUUAUUACUUGUUCUUGUUAGUGGCUCCAUCAUCAGC